UACCUCCGGUGUUCUGAGUCGCUACCGGCUUCUCCAGGACGUACCGGCACCAGCUCCCUCCAGGAGCCGGCGUGCUCCUAAUCCGUCAGCUGCUCGAGAGAGGACCACGCCGGGCUCGGUAGUCUUGCCGGGGGCGGGUUUCCGUCCCUUGGCCCCGUGGGUCUACUUCACGGCCACUCCGCCACACGGUCCCUAGAGUCCACGCCCAGCUCCACCCAUCCAGUCGGCUCCGCCCGUUCCACGCGCACCGCCGGCCACAGGCGGAAGUCGGGCCGCCCCGGAAGGCUGCAGGCACCUCGGUGGGCGCCGACCCGGAAGCGCUUGGGGCGGUCUCUCGGAGCCCGCAGCGCCAUGGUCUUCCUUACUACGCGCCUCUGGCUGAGGAACCGCCUGACAGACCGCUACUGGAGGGUGCAGGAGGUGCUGAAACAUGCCGGGCACUUCCGGGGGAGGAAGAACCGCUGCUACCGGCUGGCGGUCAGGGCAGUUACCAGAGCCUUCGUUAAGUGCACGCAGGCACGCAGGCUGAAGAAGCGCAACCUGAGGACUUGCCAGGUGGAGCUCAACAGGAAAGUUCUCGCAGACCUGGCUAUCUAUGAACCAAAGACUUUUAAAUCUUUGGCUGCUCUGGCCAAGAGGAGGCAGCAAGAAGGAUUUGCUGCAGCCUUGGGAGAUGGAAAGGAGCCCAAAGGAAUCUUUUCCAGAGUGGUGCAGUACCACUGAGGGCUUCAGUGCUUUGGAAGCAAUUAUCAUAAAUAAGAUAGGAGCAAAAGGAUUGUCUAGUCACCAGUAAGCCUGGUUUGUAUUUAUUUACAUUUCAACAAUAAGCCUGAGAGAAUUAGGUCUUUUCUCAGUAGCACAGCCCAAGAUAUGUCCUUUAUGGGUAUUGUACAAAUAAAGCCUUUUUAGUGUUCAA